CAUUUGUAUUGUGGCAUGCGACUGCCGCGCGGAAUCACAGAAUUACUGAAACGAUAACAGACAGUAGUAGUGAUCCGCUGCCUAACUGUAACGACUUCUUAUUAGACAAUAACAAGUGUGAUAAUAAAAAAAGAAAAUAUAUUAGGCGCAAAGCAGCCGACCUCGUGAUUGAUGAUCAUCAGGAUGCCGGAGAUAUCAGAGGACAAGAAAACAAAGUGUUAAGAAAUGGCGUGUGUGUGCGUGUGUAAAAAUAUGCCACGGCUAUACUGUUGGAUUACUCUUCUCGUGCUGCUUAUGACCACUACCUGUGCCGAAAUCAGACAGCUGCCUUACUGCCAAUAUUCAGCCGCCGGGAAGCCAUCGCGGAGCUUGCUGUUUGUUAGUACUCUAGAUGGAAAAUUAACAGCAUUAGAUGCAUCAGCCAAUGGUGAAAAGAAAUGGAGCUUAGAAUUUCAAACAGAACCUUUAUUGUCUUCUAACAUCCAUAGAAGAGAUUUGAACAACAAUGGUCAGUGGGUCAGGCUAAUUCCAUCAUUGAAUGGAGGAUUAUACAAGUUUGAUGGAGAAAAUUUGGAAGCAGUUCCAGUUUCAGUAGACCAGUUAUUACAGUCAUCUUUUCGUUACUCUGAGGACAUUAUAUUUUCUGGUGGCAAAGAAACAAAAACUUAUGGAAUAUCAAGUAACACUGGGCGAAUCCUAUAUGAAUGCAAAAUGAGUAGUUGCACCAAUGCAACUGAUGGAGAAAGUUUGGUUGAAGAGGAUAUUUUGAUAGUUAGACGCCAUCAACACACUAUAAGAGCUGGAGAACCUAGAUCUGGAAUAGAAAGAUGGAAUUUUAGUGUUGGACAACAUGAUUUAAUAAUGCUUCCAAGAGCAAAUUCAGAUUGCCACCAGGAAAAUUUAUCUAUUAAUUUAGAUAUUGACCUUCGAACUAUUGUUCCUGAAGGUCUUAUUAUAGCUUUCAGCAAAACUAACCCUGCAAUUAAACUCUGGGAAUAUAAAUUUGACUCUCCGAUUGUCUCUGUUUGGAGAGAAGAUCAAGUAUUUGAUAGUUCAGCAACACCAUUGAAACAAGUCAAUUUGUUUGAUUCUAUUCAGCUAAAUUUAGAAUUAGAUUCUGAAUUUUCUGCAGGCCCUGGUUUAUAUUUAGGUAUGCAUGAAAGGCAACUGUAUAUUCAAGAGAAUCCAGCUUUUUUUAAAUCGAUUGAUAAGUCCAAGGAUGUAAUAUUAAUCAAAUAUCCAUGGAGACCAUAUCCAGCUAUUGAGUUCGCUAAAGACAUCAGCAAUGAUAAAAGUAAAGAUGUACCAUUUGAAAUGAAUGAAGUACUUAGCACUACUGCAUUAUCUGUUCUUUAUAAUUCAGAAUACAUAAAUGGGAAUGGAUUCUAUCUAUAUUCAAAGGAGCAAAUUCAAAUAGAUGAAGGUAGUCAAUGCAAUCGAACUGGACCAAAACACGUUUUAACGGAUAUAUCACCAGAAUCCCCUCCAGCAAUUGAAUAUCCAGAAGAAGAUAACAUACGCGUUGAAUUUAUUAUUGUCGGUCUGUGGUAUUAUUGGAGGGAAGUUGCAAUUUGUUGCCUCACGACUGGAAUCAUUGUCUGGAUAUACUUCAAACAAAUGCAUAUUCUUGAUAAGAUGGAACAGAAAGAUGCUGUGCUACCUCCUGUUAUUGUUGAACGUUGUUCUGUUGAUACUCAAGAUGAAAUCCGAAAAAGUACAUCUGAAGAUGGCGAUUCUCCAUUCCAAUCACGUUACUUGACGGAUUAUGAACCCAUUGAUUGCUUAGGACGAGGGGGAUAUGGCGUAGUAUUUGAAGCCAGAAAUAAAAUUGAUGACUGCAACUAUGCAAUCAAAAGAAUUGCCUUGCCAAAUAGUCAAUAUUCUAGAGAAAGAGUAAUGCGAGAAGUCAAAGCUUUAGCAAAAUUAGACCAUCAAAAUAUCGUUCGUUACUUCAAUUCAUGGUUAGAGUGCCCGCCAGCAGGAUGGCAAGAAGAACACGAUCGUCAAUGGUGCAACCACAAUAAGUUUCCUAAUUCAGAUUUCGUAUCUGAAUCAUCAGCAGGUGACACAUCCGUUCAUAUAGAUGUACCGCUAAGUGAAACGCCGUCCGUAAAUAGUGCAUGUGAAGCACUUGAACAUAAUAAAGAUGAUGAUGAUUCUUUUAUAGUCUUUAAUGCAGCGACAGAAGAAAGUGAUGAAAGCGACGACGAAGAGGAAGAAACAAACAGUAAAAAUAAAAAUUCCGAGAGUCUCGACCUAUCUAUAAAAAAUAGUAGAGAAUGCCAAAACAAUGAUACAGAUGAUUCUAUCGUUUUUGAAGAGUCAAAACAUUCAAACCUUGCAGAUAGGAAGUCUCAACUUAAUCUAGAUUUAAGGACGCGUAAAAAUAGCGGGAGAUCUAAUACAAAAAUGUUUUUGUACAUUCAAAUGCAACUAUGUCAAAGGCUGAGCUUAAGAGAAUGGCUUAAAACUCAAAAUUCUAAGCGUGAUAUUUUAAGGAUUUUGAAUAUUUUUCAACAGAUUGUUGAUGCUGUAGAAUACGUACAUCUACAAGGUCUCAUUCAUCGUGACUUAAAGCCUUCCAAUAUUUUUUUUGCACUUGAUGAUAAAAUAAAAAUAGGUGAUUUUGGUUUAGUAACUGCAAUGACUGAAGGCAUUAACGGUGUCCAUACUCCGUGCAAUAGUAAUGAGAUGAAUAAUAUAAAAACUGUACAUACUGCUCGCGUAGGAACUCAUCUUUACAUGUCGCUAGAACAGAUGAAUGGAAAACACUAUAAUUACAAAGUCGACAUUUAUUCUCUAGGCAUAAUUUUAUUUGAGUUAUUGAUUCCGUUCUCAACAGAAAUGGAGCGAGUCAAAGCUUUAACAAAUUUAAGAAAGUCAAUAUUCCCAGAUAACUUUUCUUUGCAAUAUCCUGCAGAAUAUGCCUUGUUGAAAAUGAUGUUGGAUGAUAAUCCCGAGAAAAGACCAACGACAAUAGGAAUUAAGGCUCGGCCCCCAUUCCUGAAAAGUGGAAUUUCGAAUAAGUUAAAAUCUGAAAAUGAUUCAAAAUGGCACUUUGAACUACCGCAUUUGAGUAGACAUUCUUCCAUUACUAACAACAGUGGAACAGAUUCUUGGGAUCAGGUUUAUUAGUAUAUCCCAAUGGUGUGCUAUAAAACGUGAUAUAAAAAUUCUUUUUGAAUGAAGAAUAUGUGUUAGGAGAACGUGAAAGUCCACAGUGAAUGCAAGAAUCAUGGUUGAAUGAUUUUUUAUUAUGAUACAUUUUUUAAUUGUAUUUAAUUAACAUUUAUUUUAAAAUGUUCAUAUUGUAUGUAUAAGUUGCAUUGUUUUAUUAAUUACUGUUUUUUUUCUUUCAUUUAAUAAGUAUUUUUCAUCAAUUACAUAACCUUUUUUUAGAUUAUAGAAAUGACUAAAAAAUAUAGAAAAAUCUUAAUUCUGUAUUCAACAAAUUAAUCAAAAGUCUGCUUAGUAUUUAUAAUUCUUUUGGGUAUUUCUAUUUGUCAUUUGAAUUUUUAUUUAUUCGAUAAUAAUUUUAUAAAAAUAUGCAAAAAUAUCAAUACAUUACACUAUUGUUGUUUAUAAAAGUAUUUUAUCUGAAUGAAUAAAGAUUUUUCUACAUUCUAGAAAUAUAUAGUAGGAAUUUUUAUUUUUUCUGUUUGAAGAAACAGCUACUGUUACUAAUUAGUCAACUUUUAUUCCUACGAUUAUGUCCUUUAACUUGAUCAAUUGUAAUAUAAAAUGAACGAAUGUAUGACUGUCAUGUAGUUAAUUACUAUAUAAUUUAUUUUAUUUUCGUUCAAUAACGAAAAUGUAAGUCGAAUGGUAUUUUUAUACUCAUUUUGUUCAUAAAUUUACGCUCGAAGUUUGGAAUAAAAAUGUACAAAAAUUUGAAAUAAAUGUACAUCAACGUUAGUUUUGAAUUAAAUUAUUAUUACCCCAAUAACAUAUAAACGAAUAAAAUCU